AUGCAGUCUACAGUCACCGCCCCGGCACCAGUGGAAGAGUGGUCCUGGAGACAAUACGACUCUGCUCACGGUGGCGAGCAUGCGGAAACCAACAGCGAAGAAUCAGAGCAGAGUCGAUAUGCUCCAAUUCAGGCACGCCUUGCCCAGGAGGAACAGCAGCGAGAGGUGAACGAGGAUACCAUUCUCUGGCACAAUGAGUCGCUGGCAGGAUGGCAAACUCGCGGCAAAGGAUACGCCAUUUGCCCGUAUAUUUCCCGGCUACGACACCUGGCCAAGGUAGCCGAGGACGUCAAGACCAGCCGACGCGCACGCCUUGCGGCCGAGCGGCUACAUACGUCGGCACAAGAGAGCUGCGCGGAAAUGUAUCCGCGGCUUUGCCACAAGACCAAGGUCCGAAUCGGCUGCUACGGCGACCACGAAGCAGUUGAGGCGACAGUCUUCAUGUCCCUGUACAGCGCAUCGUACUAUGGCGGUCAUCAAGGAGGGGACUACAUCUUUCGUCAUCUGCCUGAUGAACCAGAAGAUGACACGGAGCCGACUUCCUUGUCCUUGUCCGAGGAGCUGGAAAGUGUGCGCUUCACGCUGAACGUCAACGACGAAGAGGCAGGACUAAAAAGGUCCUUCGUGUACUGUGGCCAGGUGCCCCGGCCGCCGCGGGAGUAUCUUGAGCGCCUCAAAGUGGUGAGCCGGGACAUCAUGCAGCUUUUGAGCGGCAUCUUCAGCGAGUUCCCCGACGUUACUUCGGCCCAAAUGGAGAUAUUUCAGCCUGGUCGGCGGGUUUCGGGCCCAGUAUUCGGCAAGUUGUGCUCCGCGUAUAGGAGCGUGAUUCAGACGGCCGACCGCAAGGCGGUGGCAAGGGUCAGGCGCAAGCUACGCGACUGUCCGAGAGUCCUUGAGUUUGCACACCUUCUGCACAAGCUGUCCGCGGCUGGAAUACCACAGGUCACUUAUUACAUGAGGCCACUGAUCAAGGCACUUGAAGAGGCCACUGGCUGGACAUUCUUUGAGAUGAUUGAUGCGGCGGAUCUCGAGGCGGCCCGCAAGGCGACGCGACUCCUCUUGCACGAGAAGAGGCUUGAGCACAUCUUCUUGUUCCAGACUCGAGAGGAUGAGAACACCAGCGAUAUCCACAAGUUUUACACGGACGACGUCUUCCGCAACGCCCCCAACCAUCCCGACUGCAUCUACACACGCCUCGACGUCCGCGAAGCUUUGGAACUCUUUGACGGCCUCCGCCGAGAUAUCGACGUCGACCCUAGGGUCGCAGACUUUUCCGACUUCGAGCUCUCCGACGCCGAACCCGAGGCCGCUCAAGCCUGUCCGAUUGUCGCGGUCGAGGAAUUGCUGUACAAGAAGGAUAAUAAGAGGCGGAAGGAAGCCGAAACGACGAAUUCGGCAGCGAAAAUCACGGACUCAAACGGCUAG